AUGGCCACCCUGCUCCGCAGCAAGCUGUCCAACGUGGCCACGUCCGUGUCCAACAAGUCCCAGGCCAAGGUGAGCGGCAUGUUCGCCAGGAUGGGUUUUCAGGCGGCCACCGACGAGGAGGCGGUGGGCUUCGCGCACUGCGACGACCUCGACUUUGAGCACCGUCAGGGCCUGCAGAUGGACAUCCUGAAAACCGAGGGCGAGCCCUGCGGGGACGAGGGCGCUGAACCGCCCGUCGAGGGAGACAUCCAUUACCAGCGAGGCGGCGGCGCGCCCCUGCCGCCCUCGGGCUCCAAGGACCAGGCCCUGGGAGCUGGUGGCGAGUUCGGGGGCCACGACAAGCCCAAGAUCACGGCGUGGGAGGCGGGCUGGAACGUGACCAACGCUAUCCAGGGCAUGUUCGUGCUGGGCCUGCCCUACGCCAUCCUGCACGGCGGCUACCUGGGAUUGUUCCUCAUCAUCUUCGCCGCCGUGGUGUGCUGCUACACUGGCAAGAUCCUCAUCGCAUGCCUGUACGAGGAGAACGAGGACGGCGAGGUGGUACGCGUGCGGGACUCGUAUGUGGCCAUCGCCAACGCUUGCUGCGCUCCGCGCUUCCCCACGCUGGGCGGCCGCGUAGUGAACGUGGCGCAGAUCAUCGAGCUGGUGAUGACUUGCAUCCUGUAUGUGGUGGUGAGCGGCAACCUCAUGUACAACAGCUUCCCAGGGCUGCCCGUGUCGCAGAAGUCCUGGUCCAUCAUCGCCACGGCGGUGCUGCUGCCCUGCGCCUUCCUUAAGAACCUCAAGGCGGUGUCCAAGUUCAGCCUGCUGUGCACUUUGGCCCACUUCGUCAUCAACAUUCUGGUCAUUGCCUAUUGCUUAUCGAGGGCGCGCGAUUGGGCCUGGGAGAAGGUCAAGUUCUAUAUCGACGUCAAGAAGUUUCCCAUCUCCAUUGGCAUCAUCGUGUUCAGCUACACGUCGCAGAUCUUCCUGCCUUCGCUGGAGGGCAAUAUGCAGCAGCCCAGCGAGUUCCACUGCAUGAUGAACUGGACGCACAUCGCCGCCUGCGUGCUCAAAGGCCUCUUCGCGCUCGUCGCCUACCUCACGUGGGCCGAUGAGACCAAGGAGGUCAUCACGGAUAACCUGCCCGGUUCCAUCCGCGCCGUGGUCAACAUCUUCCUGGUGGCCAAGGCACUGUUGUCCUACCCGUUGCCCUUCUUCGCUGCUGUCGAGGUGCUGGAGAAGUCGCUCUUCCAGGAAGGCAGCCGCGCCUUCUUUCCCGCCUGCUACGGCGGCGACGGGCGCCUCAAGUCGUGGGGCCUGACGCUGCGCUGUGCGCUGGUCGUCUUCACGCUGCUCAUGGCCAUCUACGUGCCGCACUUCGCGCUGCUUAUGGGCCUCACCGGCAGCCUCACGGGCGCCGGCCUCUGCUUCCUGCUGCCCAGCCUCUUCCACCUGCGCCUGCUCUGGCGCAAGCUGCUGUGGCACCAGGUCUUCUUCGACGUCGCCAUCUUCGUCAUCGGCGGCAUCUGCAGCGUGUCCGGCUUCGUGCACUCGCUGGAGGGCCUCAUUGAGGCCUACCGAACCAACGCGGAGGACUAG